CAACAGACGCAUAGUUAUGUAAAAAUAUCUCGGCCUUUUCUGAUGAAGAGAUUAGAGAAUGUUGUGAGCAGGACGUCUUCUGGUGGGCAGAGAAUCCCAAGUUCCUCAUCCACAGCCUCCGGUGUGGCCCCGCUCGGCAGUGGUCUUUGCAAGGCUUUAUAUUCUUUUCAAGCCAGACAGGAUGAUGAAUUAAAUUUGGAAAAAGGCGACAUUGUGACUAUAUACAGGAAACAAGAAGAAGGAUGGUGGUUUGGUUCUCUGAAUGGAAAAAAGGGCCAUUUUCCUGCCUCUUACGUGGAGGAGCUCCCUUCCAGUGCUGGGAACCCGGCUACCCAGGCAUAAAACAGGAUUCCGAGCACACCGCCUUCCUCUGUCAGCUGUACAGGGCUGUGCAAAUAAAGAUAA